GCCGUGUGCGUGUGUACGUGUGUGUGUGUGCGCGCGAUUGAAGUGAAAGAAUGGGCGACCUUCUCACGAGGGUGCCCCGUGUGUCUUUGCAUAAUGUUACACUGCCGACGAACGCCCUUUUUGUGCCGUAUGGUGGGCCCGUGCCUUGACGUCGUGAUUCGCGCGAUCGGAAAAUGGGAUAGCUGACGAGAGCUGGAAAAUCGAUCACGGCACACGUGUAAUCCGCCGCUGUGCGGUAAUGAAAGAGAGAGGGAGAGAGAGCGAGCGUACGGCCGUGAGGAAUGCACUUGUGACCGUGUCCCUCGUAUGUUCCCCAAAUAUGGCAUAAAUUGUUCCGUUUUGCGAGCGGGGAAACCAUUCCCCAGAACCGAUCCGGCACGGCCAAAGUGGCCAGGUGGCGUUUGUGCCGCUGCAUUGCCUACCGCCUGCCCUAAUUAAGCCGCCACGCGACCGCUCCAAAUGACACGAAUUCCCGGGUUUCUCCUGCCAACGGGGUUCGGACUUUGAGGUUAUCUUUCCGCAGUUGCAUUCACUUCUUUGGUGGUGGUGGUGGUGGUACACCUUUUGACAGACGGCCCCCGGCCCGCUAGCGUUGGAGUGAGCGAGAAAGGUGGAGUGGAAAUUUUGAGUGCGUGUAGAAAAAAGAAACCAAAGGAGCGAGCGAAAGGAUUUCUCUUUGUUGCCAGGCAAAACUGAGCGAAAAAUGUUGUCCCUGCGCUCGGUAACCAAGGGAUACACCGGGGCCACACCGCUACUACUUGUUGCGAACCGUUCGAACGAUUCGCAGUAGCCUGUGAAGAGCGGUAGGGGUGUCCAUGCUAGAAACCAUGCCUUUAUUCGUUCAAGUUGUGUCGCACGGUUAAGAUGUACAGUGGAAGGAUCGCUUUUCAGAAGCCUUCCUCCUUGGGAAGGCUUCACAGCUGGCCCGAUCGUAACGGGCCGAACGGUCGUUGGAACAACAGCGUGAGAGCAGUAGUGCCGGCUAAUAAUUAUCUUUCCCAGCAGCAGCAGCAGAAUGAAAAUGAAACUACGGAACAAAGCCAGGAGCUGGCCGAGCAGUCGAACGCACCGGAGUCGAUCGAUCCGGAGUGUCUGAUCAAGCAUCCGCUCCAGCACACCUGGACGCUGUGGUACCUCGAGGUGGACCGCACGAAAAAGUGGACCGAUUCGAUGAAUGAGGUGACCAGCUUCUCGACGGUGGAGGACUUCUGGAGCCUGUUCAAUCACAUCCGCGGCCCGUCCGAGAUCAAGGUGGGCGGUGACUACAUGCUGUUCAAGUCGCACAUCCGCCCGAUGUGGGAGGACGACGCGAACAAGCACGGUGGCCGAUGGACGAUCAGCAUGAACAAGCGCCUGUCGGACAAAUGCUGGCUGGAUACGGUACUCUGCUUGAUUGGAGAGACUUUCGAACAUUCGGAUCAGAUAUGCGGUGCUACGGUGAACGUUCGUCAAAAGAUUGAUAAAAUCUCCAUCUGGACCGCUGACUAUGAUAAUCGUGCCGCCGUGCUGGAUAUCGGCCGAACGUACAAGGAGCGAUUAGGCCUGCGAGAAAACAUCUACUACCAAAUGCAUAAGGACACGAUGGUGAAGCUGUCCUCGUCGGGGACGAAAUCGACGUACACCGUUUAAUCUUGAUUCGAGCCGUCUCUCCGGAGCCCUUUUCUCGUGUCCGAAACCCAAUGGUUUGUUUGCGGAUCAACACGACGCGAUGACGAACGAGCUAACAACUACUGCUGGACAUGUGUACGUGUGUGUGUGUGUGUGUGUAGUGAUCGAAGGUGGGUGAUCUGUGCGAUUGAGGAAAGGCGAAAGCGAUCGAGGAAACGAAACUGCACCACAACACACACAAUCGACAUCGAUAUUCACAGGAAAAAGGGAUUUCAUUUUUUACCUAGCCUAACGCGGGGCUGCUAGAGCGCGUGUUGUGGAUCAGUGAGCAUUGUUUUUAGGUGAGCUUAGCGGGGGAAAUAAGAUAGAUCGAUCGACGCAGCGCAAUCAAAACGGUCAACUAGGGGGGCGCAUAGAAAGAGAGAGGGAGAGAUGCUUUAAGCAUUGUGCGAUUGAUAUUUAUACCUCCCCACAGCCAAGAUUGUAACACACAACAACCAAACUAUGGUACUAUGUUCGAUCGUUCGACACAUUCUGCCGGUCGAUUUUGCGUAGGGACAAGUGGCGGGAGGACGCAAUUGUGUAGGAUAGAUCUAAUGAAUUGCUCACGUGGAAAUAGAAAAACGAAAUAUAGGUCAACCGGCGCUUUCCGUGAAUCCGUGCAUCGAUCUUAACACAUGCACGCCGUUUUCCUUUCUCUUGUGGUGCCAGUGGUGCGCGGGAAGCGAAGCGUGUAAGCCAGGAAAGCCCACGAGUGUAUGUGUGUUCAAUCAGCAAACGUCUGCCCUCAUCCGGUUAGGUUUUGUUUUCGUUUUCUUUCAGCCAAGCUUUACCAAUGAUUGUACGCGCUUAAUAUUGGCGAAACACAGGAGAAAUGGGAGAACAAGAAGAAGGCCCAAACUAUAGUGCAGCCGGCGGCAAGAAGGUGUGAGAAGGGUGGGAGUGUGUGUCCGGAGUAGAGAAAUAGAAAGCCGCACGGCGACGGUGUGUGUAGUUUUUGCGGAUCGAAGCAACCGCGGACCCGUGAAUGCAACGCAGAAGUGUUGGGCAUGAAGCAGGAGAGAAGUACAGUAUGCGAUUUGUACAGAUUAAUAGAAAAAAAGCAACAGAAACUUUAAGUGCGCUUGGGUGCAAGGAAAGGUUCUCUUCUGGUUACGUAGCUUCUUUUCAUACUUUUUUUUUUCGUUUGUUUUAUUCAUCCGUUACGGCUACACAGAGCGAGCAGCAGGGAAUAGUCUUCAAGCCGGAUCGUUAUAAUCAGUUUUUUUUUCGGGGGGAGUUUUGUUUCGUUUCGUGUGGAACGUUCGUAGCUUAGCACGACGAAACACAGUCGGUAAAGAAAAGGGAUACGUACUGAAAGGAGAGAAAAAAGCGGAAGAAGGAGUAGGAAGACACGUAAUCAAUAUGCAUUACACAUCCGCUGUCCAAGCUGCGCCGCUACUAGCUAGCCGGACUUGAGAUGGUGGUGUGUGCGGGAGAGGAGAGCUAGAGCUUCGUUUUGCGCUGGUACGUAUGUUUUUUUUUUUGCUAGUUAAGGUUAUACCAUAGAAUGGAUGUUGCGAUUAUGUAUUGAAAACACAUGUGUACUACCAACUACCAACUACUACUACUACUACUACUACUUCUGGAACUAUCUCUACUAAUCUACUCUGUACUAUUGUUUAUGGAAUAAUUUGAAUAUAAAUAAGCAUUACUCGGCUGAACACACAACCACACACGCUCGCUCGCAUAGAACAGGGAGCUGAUUUGCUGAUUGAUUAAUUUGUAAUACAGUUUAUAUUACUCUUUUUUAUGUUUAAUCAAGGUAUAUUCGUAAAUUAUAUACAGUGCGAAAAAAAACAAGGAAAACCAAUUGCGAAAAAUAUAGAACAUGAAACAUUGAUUCAAAA